UAAACCUUAGUUGCACUACAACGCAUCAAAGUGGACACCAUCAAAGUGUGCAGGUCAAUUCAUGCACACACGCACACACUUACACACACAUAGAUACGCCUAGUUGCAUUCUUUACAUUUACGACUCCAUGGUGCAGAAGGAGUGAAGUAGAGAAACUGGCUUUACUGGUUCUGUCAGAGUACAGUGUUCUAGCUGAGAUCACUGCACUCUGACCGACGACUCCAACUCAGGAUUCCAACUCCCUAGCACAGGACUGGGGCUCUCUCCCACAUACAGGUUAAAAUACAUGAAAGUCACACCCACUGCUCCAUCUGAACUUGCUCCAGGAAUGAGAAAUGGAAUUUGCAUGUAAACAUGUCUACGUACCACCACCGAUUGAGAAACCUAAACGUUCAGCCCUACUACCCCCUGUGAAAAAGGUCCGUCCACACACCCCCUCCACCUCCUCCUACUCCCCUCAAAGAGAUGGUCGGCCCCCUGUCCCCGUCUUCAGCGUCCCCCAACACUCUCCAGGUGGACCAGCCCCCACCCCAUCUACGCCCCCGCUCAGCUCCACCUUCUCCCAGGUUAAGGUCAUCCCCCUCCAGUCCCCCGGCUGUAGAACCCAGGGUCAGCCCAGGCCUUGCCAAAGGCCAGCAAGGACAGGAAGAGCGUUACUGCUCCGUUCUACCAGGGCACGAAGUGGACCAGACACGUCGCUUCAGCUCCCCAGAGCACCCCAGAACCCAUCCUCUCAUAGGCCCUCCUCUUCCUCCUCGCCCUGCCUUCCUGACAAAGUUCCCAGUGUACACCGAGGUCUUCCCCUCCACUCCCCCCACCACCUCCCCCCUGUCCCCUCCUCACUCAACCUCCUCACUCUCCCCCAACUCUGAAAGUCCUCCUAGAACUCCUUGCCCUUUCCCACCAUCAGGCCCUACAGACAAGCAGCCGCUGCCAGGCAACCCCAACGUCAUACUAAUAGACUUGGAUAAAAUUGUAACAGACACAAAUAACAGGUUCAUUGAUGGAGAGCCCCCAGCAUGCCCUGCAUGUGGUUCAGUGCUGGAUACCUGCUAUGACAAUGUGGUGGGGUCCUGCUACUUCUGCCAGUCCUGGGAGACGUCCGGUGCCGAUCCCCCCAUUUCCCAGCCCUGCUCCUUCUCGGCUCCCUAUGAGGACAGCCUCUUCCUGCUGACCCCUGACCAAGAGGCCCAGGCCCCUGACACGCUCCUCGUGUUCUGCAUCGACAUCUCUGGAUCCAUGAGCAUAACCUCCAGGGUACAAGAAACUGACGGACUGGUCUACAAAUCACGUCUGGAGUUUGUGCAGGAGGCUCUGCUCCAGUGUGUUCGGGAUCUCAGUCGGACCAAGCACAACACCCGAGUGGCUCUGGUCUCCUUCAAUAAUGAGGUGCUGAUCUGUACAGAUGGCAGGGCUAACACUGACCUGGGGGACCUGGAGGCGGAGGACAAGGACUCCUGCACACUUGUCUCCUCCACCAUCUUCUACAAGGACUUGGGAGAGUACGCCGCCAGCAAAGGGGUGACCGUGUCAGUCAUGUCUUUUGAGGGGACAGAUUGCAGGUUGGAUGAACUGGGUAGACUGGCAGACUGCACAGGAGGAGAGGUGGUCAUUUCCAGCCCUGAGAAGCUCUACAGUGCAUUUCACAGAGUGAUUGAGAACAGAACCAAGGCUACACACUGCACUGUCACUCUGCUGCUGCCCACCACACUAUGUGUGAAAGGGGAAAGGGAGAUGGGGCAUUGUGUGGUCAGACAGGUUGGGAAUGUGAUGCCACAUACUGAGCUCACUCUCCAGUUUGGACUGAGAGACCAGAAGGAACACAGCCAAGUUCUCUUGUCUACAGGGAGUGUAUGUAUACAGCUUCAGGUGAAGUAUAGGAUGAGGGAUGGACUGAGAAUGCUCAGAGUCAUCACCAUGCACAAGGAGGUCACCACCAACAGUUCUCUGGUUCUGUCCUCUGUCUCUCUCUCUGUGCUGCAUCUGAACUCCGUUCAGAACAGUGCCGCUCUGGCAGUGAGGGGACGACUCCGGGAUGCUCAGAAAGAGCAAGAGACGCAGGCAGAACUGAUACAGCGAGCUGUUGAAUUUCAACAGAAUUCUGGAUAUGAACUGAUAUAUCCUGAAUGGGUGAAAGCCAUGAACCCACUAAACAACAUCUACAACUAUACGCGGGGAAAUCCAGUUUCAUCCUUGAACUCAAAAUCCCUGACUGAUAAAGGAGCGGCCCUGCUCUUCGGACUGAAACAUGGCAACAGGAUGUCCAUCACGCCCAGGGGCGGAGAUAGAACCCUCUCUGAUCAGUGAAAUGGGUGAUGCAACUGAUCUGUUCUUGUUGUUAGAACCAGAAAAGUAUUGGAAAACAGGCCAUAUAAAUGCCAUGGUUCACACAUGGGUUUCACUACCCAGAUGUGUGUUUGCUACAUGAAAUGUCUAUGACAGUGUGCUGACUGGACAAUGUCAGCAAUCUGCAGCUGGCAGUGGACCGUCAGAGGGACAUUGUGUGAUUGUGUGCUGGCACACAAAUGCUAGAUCAUGUAAAGUCAUUCUUACUCAGACAGCACAACCCUCACUUCACACUGACCAUGUAUCUAAUUUCCCCCCAAAAUAUUUCCUGUGUUCAAUAUGUUUAUUUGGAAGUGCAAUAAAUAUGAUAUCUGAACAAUAA